ACACUUGCGCACCCAAUUACCGAUCCGAGUCAAUGGGUAACGUGAUCAUAGGAAUAAAACCAAAUGGAAGAUAGCGCUAAAGAACAUUGCCAAACAUCUAUUCAUUAAAGUUUAGGGAGCCCUCGUCAGAUUACCAUGUUCUGGGAUUAUAAAGGCAGCGAUGAUCACAUCAUACUGCUCGUUUCCCCGCUCCCAUAAAUCUACUCUGAUCGAUACAUAAUUACCACACUGACUUACUUAUAUGGUGUAAUAUUGCAAUUUGGGGGGAAAUUACAAACACGUUAUGUGAUUUUGGUCGGGGGGCUGCCUGCCCAUCAGCCCACGUAUUUAGGAGUUGCAUUGAUCCGCGUCGAUUUUUUUUCUUUUUUCUUUUUUUCCCCCUCUACCGGUGCUCAGUCUCGUCCCGCGGCAGGGCGAUGAGGCUGACUGCAAAACCCUCUCCUCAGCUGAUGAGAGCAGACAGAAGCGACCGUCCUCGGCUGCCUGACACACAGCCCCACGCCUAACAUGACCGCUGCUUUUCUCGCCCUCGCAGCCGCGCUCCUGGCCGCGGAUCACGGCUUCUCCCGCGCCGGCAGCGUCCCUUCAUUCAUCCUGCCCUUCACCGACUGCGUCCAGAGCCGCGGGAGAGACGGCUUCUACCGGGGGGCGAUAGACGUCACCGAGUCCGGCGCCCGCUGCGUGAACUGGACCGAGGUGUCCGGCUUCAGGGAGCGCUACCCGGGCAAAGGGAUCGGAGAGCACAACCACUGCCGCAACCCGGACGGCAGGAUCCGACCCUGGUGCUUCUUCAGGAGCCACACAGGCAGAGUGGACUGGGGCUACUGCGACUGUAAACAAGGCUCUGUGCGUCUGCAGGGAGGCCGCUCCAAGCUCGACGGCAGGGUGGAGGUCUAUCUGGCCGGCGUCUGGGGCGCCGUCUGUAGCGAUGAGUGGGGGGACGAGGAUGCCGCGGUGGUUUGCAGACAGCUGGGCAAGGGGAUCUCUGGACGUGCACGUGCAGUUCCCCUGUUUCGUCCGGGUUCCACAAAGCUCCACUGGAGAGCAGUUCAUUGCCAGGGAGAGGAGCCAGACCUGCUCCAGUGUCCUAAGACUACCUGGAAUGGAGGAGAGUGUUCUACGGUGGCAGCCAUCACCUGCACCCAGCAGCAAGCAAUAAUGGCGCUCCCCAUACGGCUGGUGGGAGGUCGGUCAAAGUCAGAGGGCACUAUCGAGGUCUUCCAUGCAGGGCAGUGGGGUUCGAUAUGUGACGACCAAUGGGACGACAACGAUGCAGAGGUGGUGUGCCGACAGCUGGGGCUCAGCGGUGUGGCGAAGGCAUGGGGCCAGGCACAUUUUGGCAAAGGUUCAAACCGCGUGUGGCUGGACGAGGUGCGUUGCACAGGCAAUGAGCUCACUCUGGAGCAGUGUCCAAAAAGUGCCUGGGGGGAACACAACUGUCUGCACUCUGAGGACGCAGGAGUGUCCUGCAGCCCCCUUACAGAUGGCACCGUCAGGUUAGUUGGGGGGGCAGUCAACCACAAGGGCCGCUUAGAAGUCUUCUACCGUGGCCAGUGGGGGACAGUGUGCGAUGACGGCUGGACAGACUCUAACACUCAAGUGGUGUGCCGACAACUUGGUUACAGACUGGGUGAGACUCUCCUUUCUGAGGGCCUCGACAUCACCCCGGUCCCAGGCUUCGGGGUGGGGUCGGGUCCUAUUCUUUUGGAUGAUGUGAGGUGCACAGGGAAAGAGCCCAGCCUAAUGCUGUGCAACAGGAGGGAGUGGCUCCGUCAUGACUGCACACACCAUGAAGACGUUAACAUCGCCUGCAGCCCUGAGCGCCACGGUGAAAGUCUCCCAACCAGUGUGCCUGUAAGGCUUGUGGGAGGAGAGAGCUCGAGGGAAGGCCGGGUGGAGCUCUAUCUGUCUGGUCAAUGGGGGACGGUGUGUGAUGAUGGAUGGACCGAUCGUGACGCUGAGGUGGUGUGCCGACAGCUGGGAUACAGUGGGGUGGCGAAGGCCCGUGUGAUGGCAUACUUCGGGGAAGGAACAGGGCCCAUUCAUGUGGACAAUGUGAAGUGCAGUGGCGAGGAACGUUCAUUAGCGGACUGCAUCAAACAGGCGCCCGGCACACACAACUGUCGCCAUAGUGAGGACGCCGGAGUCAUCUGUGACUACGGCGACUCGCAGCCCAGCUACAAAGAAGUCAAAGGUCAGUCAGACCCCGUCAACUCAAUUUGUGGUCUGCGGCUCAAACACACUCGCCAGCGCCGAAUCAUAGGAGGAGAGAACUCUCUGAGGGGCGGCUGGCCGUGGCAGGCUGCAAUUCGAUUGAGAGGAUCUCGAGGAGACGGGAGGUUGGUGUGUGGAGCGACUCUCAUUGACACCUGCUGGGUGCUCACCUCGGCACACUGUUUCAAGAGGUACGGAAACAGCACCAAGCAGUAUAAAAUCAGAGUGGGCGACUACCACUCCCUUGUCCCCGAGGAAUACGAAGAGGAGUACGCCGUAGAUCAGAUAGUCCUCCACCCGAGCUACCACUCCCACAGCAACGAUUACGACCUGGCCUUGGUUCGCCUGGCUCCGGGGGCGGUGGGCCAGAUGCCGGGAGAGUGCGUGUCUUUCAGCCGGCAUGUUCUUCCUGCCUGUCUGCCUAUGAAGAAAGAGAGGGUGCUCAAACAAGCCAGCAACUGUCACAUCACCGGCUGGGGUGACACAGGCCGCUCGUACUCCAAGACCCUGCAGCAGGCGCCUCUCUCCUUACUUCCCCGCCGCCGCUGCCAGGAGUAUUUCCACGGCGCCUUCACAAGCCGCAUGCUCUGCGCCGGCAGCAUUCAGCCGGAGAGGCGCGUGGACAGUUGCCGUGGCGACAGCGGAGGGCCGUUGGUGUGCGAGCGUCCAGGAGGGGGUUGGGUCGUUUACGGGGUCACGUCCUGGGGCCAUGCCUGCCGGACACAGCAGUCCCCUGGCGUCUACACCAAAGUCUCCGCCUUCAGCGCCUGGAUACGCAAGGUGAUUGGACGCGAUGGCAGAAAAGAGAAAGAGCGAUGAGCUGAAUUAAACUAAACCUCUCGAUCAAAAAGAAUGACACUCAAAGACUUCCUUGAUUGGUCAGGUGUCACAACAGUGUAAUUCAUCCAUGAAUGACUGACGUCAUGACUCACAAUGCAAUGACCCGAUAACCCAGUGAGGACAAGGCAACGCUGGAUCUUUUUAUAUUUUUUUUUUUGAGUGAGGAGGGCACUUCCUUCCUCCCAUCUGAGUCAUUAGCACUUAUUUCAGUGUUUUCACUCUUCUCAUCAUGAGCCGCAAGAUUUUCAUCCCAAGAACAAAAGUUCAACUUACACACCUCUUGUCUCGUGACAUUUCUUACUAAGCUCCAAUUGUAUUCUUCGCAAUAAUGUUUCCCGUGCUUGCUUUUGUUACGUUGUAAUUUAUGAUAUGAAUUACAUGAUUAAACAUGUUGAAAAAGGGACCAACAGUGUAACACACAUGCAUGCACUUAUGCAUUAUCCACACAGUCAUGGCAUGCUGUGAAUCUUGCAGACUCGCACCAAGAAGCACCCCCCCCCCCCCCUUUAAUGCAUGAUAUUCAGUGCCGUUGUGUUCAGCUUCCUCGUCAUAUUGACCUCUGCCGAAGUGAAACAUGUCCUUCAACCUCAUUUCAUUCUCGUUUGAGUGAUGUUCCCUCUCUGUGCUCUUUGUUUUACUGUGUAAAAGAAAAAAAAAAAGUUAACAUCAGGUCUUAAUUGCUCAGGCGUUUCUAAUUUAUCGUCAGUAUUUGUCCUUGUCUCAGGGGCGGGACUUAAGUGUUUCUGAAUCAAAGCACAAACCACAUUCAUUUGUCACGUUGACACCGUCUGUCGAGCUGUUUUGUUUUGGUGGGAGAGUUUAGUGUCAUCAAGGUUUCGACAACACUGAAGGGAGACAAUCUGGUACACUUGAAAAAAAAAACCUGACAUUACACUGCCUUCUUAUUUGGUGUUUACUGACUGUGUUAUGUUUUAAUGUACUGUAACGUUUCUUCAUAAAGGUAGAUUUUGUAAAAUAAAAUAAAUUUAAAAAAU